AUGGAGAACCGACCAAACGUCAAUGUUGCUGCCAUAGGACCGGAAGAAGUCCCCGUGAUCGAUCUUUCGGGAGACAUUGAUGAAAGGAUAGUGGAGGAGGUGGGAAAUGCGUGCAAGGAGUGGGGAUUCUUCCAAGUGAUCAACCAUGGAGUUCCCUUGCAUUUGUUGGAGGCGAUGAAGGAGACUUCGAAAGAGUUCUUUGAUCAACCCAUGGAUGAGAAGAAGGCGGCGAAGAGAGAUGAAGUGAAUCCUGUAGGGUAUCACGAUGGCGAGCAUACGAAGAACGUCAGAGACUGGAAAGAAGUUUACGAUUUCUUGAUCGAUGAUUCCACGUUGAUACCGGCCUCGCCCGACCCAGAUUGCCAAGAGUUGCGAACCAUAACCAACCCGUGGCCUGAAAAUCCGUCUCAAUUCAGAGUUGUCUGUCAGGAGUAUGCAAGAGAGAUGGAGAAAUUAGCUUUCAAGUUGAUGGAAAUUAUUUGCUUGAGCUUAGGGCUGCCUGGUGGUAGGCUGAAGGGCUACUUUGAAGAGCAAACAAGCUUUUUAAGGAUCAAUCACUAUCCUCCUUGCCCCUUUUCUGAUCUCACUCUUGGUUGUGGUCGUCAUAAGGAUUUCGAUUUCCUGACUGUGCUUGCUCAGGAUGAUGUUGGCGGGCUGGAGGUUAAGCGCAAUGGUAAAUGGGUUCCUGUGAAACCUGAUCCUACUGCAUUGAUCAUCAACGUUGGGGACAUUUGUCAGGUUUGGAGCAACGAACGAUACAAGAGCGCGGAGCACAGGGCAGUUGUGAAUGGAGAGAAGGAGAGGUAUUCGAUUGCUCUUUUUUUGGUGCCAUCCCACCAUGUUAUGGUGAAGCCAUUGGAGGAGCUUGUGAGCGAGGAGGAUCCUCCCAAGUACUUGCCUUACAAUUGGGGAAAGUUCUAUGCCACUAGAAAUCGCAGUGAUUACAAGAAGCAGAAUGUGGACAACAUUCAGAUUCAUGACUUCAGAGUUCCCAAUUAG